AUGUUCGCCGCCCGUUUCCACAGUCCCCGUUCAAAACAACGCCUUGGCCGGGAUUCAAGGCCCGUAGACGGCAAGGGGCCGCGGCGCACGCCGCCGGCAACGGGGUCGGGCACGGUAAACCGUUUUCGUCCCGUCGGCCGUGCACCGCGCGACCGCGGACUCUGCGAGUUCGCGCAUUUUAUGCGGCGCGCCGCGGAUUUCGGUAAUCUGCAAUGUAACGCGGGGCUGCACGGGACCGGGACAUUUCGGCGAUUGGCUCCGGAGAGAAUUCAAACGCAUCGACCGAAAGUGCGGCAACCAAAACCGACCGUUGUUGAUCAGUUUAAAUCAAACAGCACCGCGUCGUGCGGCAAACGACCGGAACGGAGCGUGGCGAUUAAACCGUGUUGA